AUGAAUUGGUCAAACAAUUUAGAUCAUCUAAAUUUACCACAAAAAAUUAUUGAAAAAGACAAACUUAUUCAACAUCUAACCUUGCUAUUAGAAUUUCAAAAUGCUGAAAUUGAAGACUAUAAAGAAUUUAUAAAUUCAGUAGAGGAUCAAAGUAAUGAAUUAAAGGAAAAAGAAAAUACUAUUGAUAAGUUGAAUGAAUAUAAAAAUAUACUUUUGAAUGAACUUGAAAAUAAAAUUGAAGAAUGUAAUAAUAAUGAACAAGAAAUAAAAAGACUAAAUAUUGAAAUUGAAAAUUUAAAAAUUAAAAAUGAUAAAAUAUCAGAGAGGUACGAAAAUUGCAAAUUUCUUCUUGAAUCAAAACAAUCUUUUGAUGAAACUGUAGCUGAUAUUUUAUCCACUUCAGAUUGUUCAAAUAGUAAACUAUCAUCAUAUGAAAUUUAUAUGAAGUGUGAUGAAUUGGUAGAAACUUUAAAUCAAAGAAAUAGUGACAUUUAUGAUUUAGUUCAUGAGGUAGAAUGUCUAAGAAGUUGCAAUAAAAAUAUGCAUUCUGAGGUAUCAUUAUUAAAAAAUGAAUUAGAGGAACUUAAUAACGAGUUGUAUCUAAAAUCAUAUAUAAAUCCAAGUCUUCAAAGAAUGAGUUUUAUAAAUUUACCAAGCAUUGCUGAAGAACAAUCUCAAUCAUUAGUUAGAAAUUCAAGCAUAGCAAUUGAGAUACCCGAAACAUUUGAUUUAAUAGAUGAAACUUUUAGUUGUGAAAACGUUGAGUUCUAUGAAAAUAAAAUUAUGAAUUUAGAAAAACAACUUUUGGAGUCUAAUCAAAAAUUUCAGGAAUUAGUUGAAGAAAUGAAAAAUCAUAAAUGUCAAAUUAUUUCUAUAAAUGAUAUUAUGGAAGAUUACACACAGUCUUCGACAAUAGAAGAGUCUAGUGAAAAUAAAUUAAUUAAUAUAAAAGAUGUUAAAAAGAUGCAUCAAGAUGAAAUAAAUAUUCUAGAAAAACAAAUUGAGUUACUUAAAGCAAAAAUUUCUCCUUCCAUCAAACAGGAGAAUAAUAAUGAAGCACAAAAAAAUGCGCUUAAUACUACAAAUCCAUUUAUCUUUGCAAUUGAAUAUAUAUUAUCAAUUAUUAAAUCAGCAUUUAUUACAAUAAUAAAGAAACUUAAUUCUAUAAAAUAA